UACUAUAUAACAAAUAAUUUUAGAGCAAUGGAACGUCUAAAAGAAGAGGAGCAGGAGGAGGAGACAGGAGAAGAUAAACUGUCUGAUAGAGUCAGGUUCCCAAACAAAGGGAAGGAUUACGUUGUUCUACCCACCUCUGAUCAGCCACAAGACGCGGCGGAAAUACAACGACAGAGAAGACGAAGAGUUUUCAUAAUAGGAGGAGCAAUCUCAGCAGUGGUGAUCCUACUUGUAAUAGUACUGUGUGUGGUGCUGCUAGUGGUCAAGAAACCCGGCAUCAAUGUAAAUGACGAGGACCCAACAGAGUCAGAACCACUCCCUGAUACAGCUGACAUGAUAACCUGCACUUUGGCAGGACUGAACCCGUCCAAGGGAAUGUGUGAAGUGUCAGGAUGCGAGUUUAGGAGUACGGAAAAUUCUGAUGGCUCCACUUCUAAAAGGUGCGUCUAUCCUAAGAAGAGUUCGUACUCGGUAGAGAGCAAGAACACGACGAGCACAACAGUGCGGAUAACUCUUAAACUGGCUGAUAAAUCAUCGCUGCAUAAAAGAGAUGCUGUUUCUUCUGAAGCAGACUAUUUGAACUCUACUCUUGAUACAACAAGUGGAGACGAAGAGACAGGUGGAGACGAGGAGACAAGUGGAGACGAGGAAGAAGUGAAGAGUAACCCCUUAGCAAUUCUUCCGGAGACUCUUUACGUGCUGAUAACCAACGAAGGCGGGAGCACUUUACGAAUAAAGGUAUCAACAAGCCACUCGGACGACUCGGACGAAGAGACUGGACCACCCAGCAAGAGGGAUCUGACGAAUAGUAAUUUUAAGCUAACUACAGCGGGACAGGGAGACCCCUUCUACAUCAUCGUCAGUAGGAUUAGUAAUGACGGAAAAGACAACGUUAUCCUGGAUACCCGAGAGCAUCCUUUGAUUGUCAGUGAUAACCUUGUCCAAUUCACUGGCGUCUUCGGAGCGGCUGAGAUCUUUUCCAACGGGAAUAAGAUGGCGUCUGGCGACAAUUUAAUGAUAUGGAAUAGCGAAGACAACUCAAACUUACCGUACUUCUAUGGAAUAGUCGGAAAAGCAAACCCUCAAGUGUUCGGAGUAGCUAUGGGCAGUCCUGCACCGAUGAAAAUAAGUUUCGGUGCGAGAAAAGGCAGUGCUACAGUUGUUGAUAUCACUCAGUUGGGAGGGGAUUUCGAAAUGUUAAUUUUCGUGGGACCAUCAAGGAAGGAUGUGGCAACACAGUUCGUUCAGACUUUCGGCCUUCCGAACAGAACCCCUUGGUGGAGUCUAGGCACCCUAGUUCACCACGAUCCUAACGAAGCCAUAAACAGUACCCAAUUCAAAAUUGAUGUGCUCGUCCUCGAUAAUUUCAUCGAUGUUCCCGACGAUUCGCAGCAAAUUAAAUCCGUAAUAACAUACGUUGAUCCGCUCGUGCAGCUGGGAUUAAAUUCUAAUGACCCUCCGAUCCGGACAGCAGAGGGAGAUUACUUUAUGGGGACCUUAUCCCACUCGGAGAUGCCUGGUUCUUUUCGUGCUUACGUCGACUACACCCACCCAAUGACAGAUUAUGAUAACCAAAAUGACAGUAUGUAUCUUGCGAACCGAGCAGGACACAACUUACGACACAACUAUCCUCUGAACUUUGCGGAUCUCAAUUGCACAGAUAACGUUAUCAACAAUUCACCCUUUCUCAGCCUCUCAGAUAAACCUCUUUUCAAUGGUACAAUUUGCCUAGAUUACAUCCACACCGGCAAAGGUCACACCGGAAAAGAUCUCGAAGGUCUGAAUGCGGUACAUAGACGGAUUCACAACCGACACGGUACCUUGCAGGCUAAGAUUUUGCACCAAUAUCGGUCGAUGGAUAGGGAUAGUUUUAUUCAGAUCAGCGAUAGUGUCAGCUUGGGAGCAGGACAGUAUACUGCAAAGUAUAUCGAGAUUGCCACAAGAGAGGACCUUCUCCAGUUGAUACCGAUGAUUAUUUGGUAUGGAAAUGUAGGACUACUGGCGACUACAAGACUAGCCCCUGGUGUGACUGACAAUGAAAUGAUAUUAAAUUACCACAAGCUUAAUGGAUUCCUAUUGUUGACCUCAGGCGACGAAUCUGCACUGUCAAAACUGAACAGCGCUGCACUCGCGGAGAUAAAGGAGUUUAUCAAGACAAAAUACCAUCUCUACCCGGAAUGGCUAACUGCUCUCCACAAAUCCAGUCUCACCAACGGACUCCCCGUGAUCCGAGAGAUGUCCUUCAACUUCCCUGGCGAUGUUCUAUUAGCUGGAUCAGAUCACGGACUACAGUUCAUGGUGGGCGAUAAAAUUGUCGUGGCUGCGGGAGCCUUGUUGGGGAGUGAGACGAGCGUUUAUUUACCGACAUCUCAGAAUGACACCUGGUACAGACGAAACCAAAACAGUUACCAGAGAGUUGUUCCACAAAAAGGUAAAGUAACGAUAGACUCGAACGAGGACCCCUCACAACUCUAUUUUAUAAAAGGAGGGAGUGUCCUCAUGACAAGCAGACUCUCUGAUAUUGACAAGAUGAGUGGCAACCCAAUCGAGACUGUGAAGCUAGAAUACGUUGAAAUAACGAUAUUUCUAAGCGGGACGGAAACAUCCGAAACAAUUUACGAGACAUACUAUCUGAGAGAACAAGAUGAUUUGCUCCUUCAAGUGGCUGUAAGUGUGGACAGCAUUUCUGAAGGAGUCAGAAUCACCAUUCAACCUACUGGGGAUGCUCUAGCAAAAAGUUCAUCAGAUGAACGGACUUGGAACCAAAUCAUGAUAGCAGCCGGAGGACUCCGCGGAAAAGUGUCCCACAUCACAAUUAACGGGAACAGGUUAUCUGGUAUAAGCUACAGCUACGAUGCUGAAAACUGGAGGGAAUCUUCUCUGAGCAUUCUUGAGGACAGUGAUAUGAACACCACCCCUUCCUUGCAUAAGACUUAUGAUAUCAUGAUAUACUAUAAAACAAAUUAAUCUUAGAUGAUUUAAUAUAAAAGCCAGUACGCUUCACUUGAAUCGUCGAUUCAAGUUUAAUCUUAACUAUUAGUAUUAGUUUGAUUCACAGUCAGAAAGGUAAUAACUUCAAAAAUAUAACGAUUUAACAAUAUUCGACUUGUAUUUUAUCGUCGGUAUUUUAACGUUUUUAUUUUCACAUGCUUAUUAUAUUUAACGUUUUUAUGUAGGGUUAUAUUUAAUUUAGAUGAUUCCUACCACAAGUAUUUCUUCAUGACCGAAAAUUUGAAUCUUAUCGAAGGUAAAAUUAAUACUAAUUUGUUUUGAAUAGUCGAAUUGCACUGUACAUGACGUACUAUUCAAAUAAUAUGAAGAACAAAAUAUUAACGACAGUCAUUUGCAUCGGCAAGAGUCCAGCGAUUCAGCAAAUUUCAAGUGUUCUUAUUUCAACAAAUUAGUACAUUGAAUACUUAUGGUCUGAUAUUCAGUAUUUGUGUGACAAAGUGGUAAUAAUAAUUGUUGUUAAACGAAUGAAUGUAAGGUACAAGCUUUGUACAUAUAAUAAUACUGACCGUCUUUCCGUAUCCGUU